AUGGACAUAGGUGUUCUGCCGCACGAGUUUACUCUCAAGGCCUUAGGCUCUCUGGCUCUUGGACGCUCAUCGAGCCUGUUUGAGUGGGACAGCUCCGAGGGCAAGUUCAAGAUAACACUCGAAGGUGCGACCAUCACAGGCACAAGCCUGUUGUGCUCAAGUAGCCUCGUCGAGGAAGUGGCACAUGUGGGCAGCAUGACCAUGCGACUUCGGAGCUUUGUAGAUUCGUCCCGCGCUUCGAAAACCUGUCCGGCAGCGAUGGCGCUUCGCUCGUGUGUGGCACGUGUCGUGGACACCGUGGAAGAGAGGAUUUCGGGAUGUCUUGGUGCUGUCAAAUCCCCAUUGCAACUACUGCAGCUGGUGGCACAACCUGGAAAUUUGUUGAAGCUCCUGAUCACGAUAUGCGAUAGAACGAUGACUUUGCGCACUGACGAGACCAUCAUCGCAGGACUUUCCGAUCUUGUCUAUGAGCUAGCUGAGAGUGAAACACGCUUCUGUGUGAUUCUUCAGACACUCUUGGCUCGAGUCUCCAUGCCCUGGCUGGAGAUGUUGUCUGCUGAUCUCGGGCUACGAGCUACGGGAGAAAGGCAAACUCUCGAGACCGCACCUGGAAUAUCAGCUGAUGAGCAUGCAUUCCUCGAUGUGAACGACGACCAUCUUGUGCGGGCAACGAAGCAUGCUGUUGCCGUUCUACGCGAGCAGUCUCCUAACCACCCAUUAGUGACGCACGACAAAACUAGCGCGGCGACACGUUUCGCUGAUCUCAGUGUUGAUAUUGCGCGUGCGCAUGAGGUCGCGAAGCAGUAUGAGCUACAGAUGACUCGAACCAUACUCGGGACCAGCUCUAUACAAGCCGCUCCAACGGCCACUGUCAACUCAUCGCUCGAUGGCACUUGGUUCAGUGACCCAUUCCAGGGUGAUCACAUUGCAGGACUGGUGACUCAGAUGUCUCUUGAUCCUAGAUCUUCGGAUCCAGGGGAGUCUGAUAGACUCCGCCACGACGCGAUGCAUGCCCUGACUACGGAGGACGAACCGACUACACUGCAGGCGUUAGGGAGAUCUGUGGAAUACUCGCCCAUCGCAAAUCUGAGACCACUCGUGCGCGUGCAGCAUAAACUGGUGAACGGUGUACUUGUGCGACAGCUUCUACGAAAGCAUGAUCUGCGUCUACACCUAGAACGUCAAAGGUCUUUUCAACUUUUGGGCAAUGGAACAUUCGUAGCUCGUCUGUCUAGGGCCUUGUUUGACAAAGAGAUACAAUCGGCUGAGCGCAAACGUGGUGUAGUGCCUACAGCUGAUGAGAUGGGGUUGCGAGUAGGAGCCACUAAAGACCAAAGGUGGCCUCCUGCUUCAUCUGAGCUUCAAUUGACACUGAUGGGGCUAUUGGCGGAGGACACCAACCAUGGAGCCAGCCCUCAGACAGAUCCUACUGUUCGGCAAUCACAUCUCAGCUUCGCUAUACGAGAGCUGCCAGAGGAAGAAAUCGAGCGCGUCCUCGACCCGCAUUCGAUUCAUGCUCUCGAUUUCCUGAAGAUUGAUUAUACCACACAUGCUCCUCUGGAUGCUGUCAUCACACCUUCCUCGCUCUCACAGUACGAUGGCGUCUUUCGUUACCUAUUGAAGCUGCUUCGAUUGCUGCACGUCACUGCGUCCUUCCCGAGGACAGUGCCGGGUAGUCGCUGUGAAUCAGCACCUUGUUCCACCCUCGCCUUCGCCCAGCGCGCUCGAGACUUCAUCGUUGUGCUGGUGGGACACGUCAUGAGCAUUGGCAUCAACGCUCCAUGGCAGACGUUCAAUGCCGCUCUGCACUCACUGGAGCAAGAUCUGAGUGCCGAGGACGAGAGGAGCGAAUUUGGUUCGCGAGCCACAAUCGGGGUGGAAAGUCUGCGGCAACUGCAUGAGUCCUGCCUGGAUCGAAUACGCACGCGAUUGUUCCUGAAGAGGAAACAGGAAAAACUUCGCGCUGGAGUGGAGGAUGUCCUCAUCAGCAUUCUCCAGUGUGCAACGACUAUGCAGUCUGAGGGCACGGCUCUGGUAAGAGCGGACGACCUUCAGAACUUCCACGCCAAACUAUCACACUUUCUCAAGCUCCUCGCGGAUGCAGUAGAAAAGCCCCCCAAGACGGUCUCUGCUGUAGAUGCCGAAGAUCUGGAUAUGGUGCGCAUACUACUGGCGAGGCUCGACUGGAAUGGCUACUAUACUGCCCAAGGAAAAUAGGGCGCAGCCACGCCCACGAACUCCAGACCUGGAGUCAUACAUCCGAUGAUAUUCUCAACACGAUAAGCAACUACAUAUACCACUUUCAAUCCACCCUUUUUUUCCUCGAUCAUCUCGAAAACAAAAUCAGCCAGAAUACCCCCUUUUGGGUUACGGGUCGAUGACGAGACAGGGACGAGCAUUGGAGUACUGUGCUGUACUGUGGAUGGCAAUGAAGAAUGAAUGAUCGGCCGACACAAAAACCCAUGUCGACAAGAUCGCCAGCUAGUGGAAGUUCUUCGGAUACGUGCCGUGUGUACCACCUAGGUACGACGUGGGAAGGUUGUGAGGUGAAGCGGAACCGAG